AUGCUGCCCGUUUGUCCACAGGUGAAGCAAAUCAUGGAGGAAGCUGUCACCAGGAAGUUUGUGCAUGAAGAUAGCAGCCACAUCAUUGCUCUGUGUGGUGCAGUGGAGGCUUGCCUGCUACAUCAGCUGAGACGCCGUGCUGCCGGCUUCCUGCGCAGUGACAAGAUGGCAGCCCUGUUCACCAAGGUGGGGAAGACAUGCCCAGUGGCUGGGGAGAUUUGCCACAAGGUACAGGAGCUACAGCAACAAGUAGAGGGCAGGAAACCCUCAGCGGGCAACCAGGAUGCCCUGCGGAGACAGGGCUCUGCCAGCGGGAAGGCCCCGGCUCUCAGCCUACAGGCCUUAAAACACAUAUGGGUACGCACAGCGCUCAUCGAGAAAGUGUUGGACAGGGUCAUGCAGUACCUCGUGGAAAACUGCAGCAAGUACUACGAGAAGGAAGCGUUACUGGCAGAUCCUGUAUUUGGCCCCAUCUUGGCCUCUCUUCUAGUGGGACCUUGUGCCUUGGAGUACACCAAGCUCAAGACUGCUGAUCACUACUGGACUGACCCCUCUGCUGAUGAGCUAGUCCAGAGGCACCGUAUCCGGGGUCCCCCUAAUCGCCAGGACUCCCCUGCAAAGCGCCCAGCCCUAGGAAUUCGGAAGCGGCACUCAAGUGGCAAUGCAUCAGAGGACAGGCUAGCUGCCUGUGCCCGCGAGUAUGUGGAGUCCCUGCACCAGAAUUCAAGAACACGGUUGCUCUACGGCAAGAACAACGUGCUAGUGCAGCCAAAGGAGGACAUGGAGGCUGUCCCUGGCUACCUCUCCCUGCACCAGUCCGCAGAGAGCCUAACUCUGAAAUGGACUCCCAACCAACUCAUGAACGGGACUUUGGGGGACUCCGAGCUGGAGAAAAGCGUUUACUGGGACUAUGCCCUGGUUGUGCCCUUCAGUCAGAUUGUCUGCAUCCACUGCCACCAGCAAAAGAGCGGCGGCACACUCGUGCUGGUGAGCCAGGAUGGCAUCCAGAGGCCACCACUGCACUUCCCACAGGGAGGACACCUGCUGUCCUUUCUGUCCUGCCUGGAGAAUGGACUUCUGCCCCGAGGACAGCUAGAGCCCCCGCUCUGGACCCAGCAGGGGAAGGGGAAAGUGUUCCCCAAGCUACGGAAACGCAGCAGCAUGCGGACUGUGGAUGUGGAGGAGAUGGGCACCGGGAGGGCCACAGACUACGUGUUCCGGAUCAUUUACCCCGGCCACAGGCACGAGCACAUCACUAUUAACUACCACCACCUAGCGGCCAGCCGCGCGGCCUCGGUGGACGAUGAUGAGGAAGAGGAGGAUAAACUGCACGCGAUGCUCUCAAUGAUCUGCUCGCGGAACCUCACAGCUCCCAAUCCGAUGAAAGAUGCUGGUGACAUGAUUGAAAUGCAGGGCUUUGGGCCCGGCCUGCCAACCUGGCACCUGGAGGCCCUGUGCCGCCAGGGCCCCUCCUGCCUCUCCUGCUCCACCAGCAGCUCCCCAUAUGCAGCCCCCAGCCAUUGCAGCCGUGUCCCUGACCGGUUGCCCCUCAGGCUGCUGUGUGAGAGCAUGAAGAGGCAAAUCGUGUCCCGGGCCUUCUACGGCUGGCUGGCUUACUGCCGCCACCUGUCCACGGUGAGGACGCAUCUGUCAGCGCUCGUGCGUCACAGCAUCAUCCCGCCUGCCCGGCCCCCAGGAGCCUCCGGGGGCCUCACCAAGGACGUGUGGAGCAAGUAUCAGAAGGAUGAAAAGAACUACAAGGAGUUGGAGCUGCUACGGCAAGUUUACUAUGGAGGUGUGCAGCACGAGAUCCGUAAGGAUGUCUGGCCCUUUCUGCUUGGCCACUACAAGUUUGGCAUGAGCAAGAAGGAGAUGGAGCAGGUGGACUCAGCAGUGGCAGCAAGGUACAAGCGGGUGCUGGCAGAGUGGAAGGCCUGCGAGGUGGCAGUGAGGCAGCGGGAGAGGGACGCGCAGCCAGCCACACUCACCAAGUUCUCCUCGGGCAGCAGCAUUGACAGCCAUGUGCAGCGCCUCAUCCACCGAGAUUCCACCAUCAGCAAUGACGUAUUUCUCUCUGUGGAUGACCUGGAGCCCCCAAAGCCCCCAGGCACUGAAGAUCCCAGACCCGAGCCUGAGCAGGAGCCGGGAGCAGGGCCCCCCGGCACCACCAUGGUGGAACAGCAGCAGUCAGUGGAGUUUGACUCUCCAGACUCGGGACUGCCAUCCUCUCGCAAUUACUCCGUGGCCUCGGGCAUCCAGUCGAGCAUAGACGAGGGGCAGAGCAUGGGCUUCGAGGAGGAGGACGAUGGCGGUGGGGAGGAAGGCUCCGACGGGCCGGUCCUGGCAGCCCGUGUUUUCUCCGAGCCCCAAGAUCCCAGCCAGGAGAAGGCCUCGCGGGCUCGCGAGCUGGAGGCAGGGGAGGAGCUUGCGGCCGUGUGCGCUGCUGCCUACACUAUAGAAUUACUGGAUACUAUGGCCUUAAAUCUGCACCGCAUAGACAAGGAUGUGCAGCGAUGUGACCGCAAUUACUGGUACUUCACACCCCCCAACCUGGAGAGGCUCAGAGACGUCAUGUGCAGCUACGUGUGGGAGCACCUGGACGUGGGCUAUGUGCAGGGCAUGUGCGACCUGCUGGCACCUCUCCUGGUCAUCCUCGAUGAUGAUCAGCUGGCCUACAGCUGUUUCAGCCACCUCAUGAAGAGGAUGAGCCAGAACUUCCCCAACGGGGGCGCCAUGGACACCCACUUUGCCAACAUGCGUUCCCUCAUCCAGAUCCUGGACUCAGAGCUGUUUGAGCUGAUGCAUCAGAAUGGAGACUACACCCACUUUUACUUCUGUUACCGCUGGUUCCUCCUGGAUUUUAAGAGAGAGCUGCUGUACGAGGACGUGUUUGCCGUGUGGGAGGUGAUCUGGGCGGCCCGGCACAUCUCAUCAGAGCACUUUGUCCUGUUCAUUGCCCUGGCCCUGGUAGAGGCCUACCGUGAGAUUAUCCGGGACAACAACAUGGACUUCACCGACAUCAUCAAGUUCUUCAAUGAACGGGCUGAGCAUCACGAUGCCCAGGAGAUCCUGCAGAUUGCCCGGGACCUCGUCCACAAGGUGCAGAUGCUCAUAGAGAACAAGUGA